CAUGCUGUAAGUCUUUUUAUAAUUGCAGAGAAUUUAUGCUGUAAACCUACAAGAGCUACAGAGGAAGAUAUCGUUAUGGAUAUCAAUUAUAAAUGUGAAAGUAAUAAAAAUACAAAAAAACGUUUAAAAAGUCGGGAAAAAAGUCUGGAAGAUGUCAUAUUGAAAGAUAAUAACAAAAUUGAACAAGUACUUCCAUGGUUACCAAAAUUCAAUAAAAUCAUACAUUCAUGUGCAGGAAGUAGAAAUUAUGAAUGUCUGGAACGAUUGCUUUUCUUCUACACCCAGAAUAUUCUCUCUAGCGUAGCAGAGAACACUGUCGAAUUUAAUGAUAAAAUUGAUUUGAUAAAAAACCAUAUUAAUAAAAUGUUAAUAUUCUUUCAUAUGUAUUGGCUUGAUAUAAAACAACAGAAUGUAGAUUAUAGUCAAUAUUUAAAUAAAAUAUCAGCUUUGUUAAAUGUGUAUAUAGAUAUGGAGUUAAAAACUUCUAGUCACGUCGGUGAAGAUUCUAAAGAUUCUUCUAAAGUUGCUGCAAAGAUUCUUGCAACAUUGUACAUAUACCUAAAUAACUCGGAAGAACAUAUUUUCAGGAUAUUACUUAGAAAUAAAUACACGACAAAAGUAUGCAAUCAUAUAUUUAUGAGGAGCUUUACUAAUCUCAAAACAAAGACUACAUCUAUAACCGAUGUAGCUUAUAUCAGAUAUUUGCUCGCCUUUAAAAUGUGGAGAAAAAUGGAAGAAACAAAGAAGUUAAAGAAAAAAAUUGACGAGUUAGCCCUAAUGUUGCUAGGACCGCGUAUGCCAAAAUUGCAAGACGAAUUAUUGAAAUUUGUGCCUAGACCACCUAUUCAAGAAAAAAAUGAAACACUAUGGUUAAUAGAAUCAAAUCAGUUUGAUAUAAAGGAAGUUCAUAAACAAUUCCUACUAUUUGAAGACAAAAUGGAUAACUCUACAGGUUUAAAAUGUACCAAAACAAUUCAUGCCGAUCAAACUUGUUCGAAGUUUCAGAAGCAUCAGAUAAAUUCGUUAUUUCGUCCAAAUAAUUCUAAUGGAGGUACAUCUGAACAGAAAAUAAAUAAUUCACACAAAAUCAUAAUAAUUGAUUUAACUGGAGAUGAUAAACAUAUCAAUUCUUCGAAAUAUUCAAACAAGCUUACAAAAUCCGAUGUUAAAAGAUAUUCUAAUGAAGAUAACAAAAACUUAAAAGAAAAAAAUUGUUUAGAGUCUAAACCUGUUGAUAUCAAAAGCAGUAAUAGUACAAAAAAUUGUACUUCAGUUAGCAAUGAUACCUGUAUGGAGUUUAUGAAAGAGGAUGAGAAACAACACCGUUAUAACUCGCAUUAUUUGAAAUCACCGAUGUUAGACGAUCAGAAUAUUAACGAGUUGAAGGCUAAUGUGUCGAAAAAAAGUAAAUUAAAGAAUUGUGUAUCAUCUAAUAUGACAAUAGAAGAUAUAACUGGUUCUUGUGACAAUUCGAUAACACAAAAUAAGGAUGCAUUAACAUCUCAGGAAGAAAGUGCCAUGGAGACAAUACCUUUAAAAACGUGCCAAAACAAUGUUUCAGAUCAGCAGAAUUAUCAAUUUGAUUUUAAGCAAGAAUUACCAACAAACACGGAUUGUGCGAUACAAAAAUCGUGCCCAUGUUGCAAUACAAGGCAUGUUGAUCGCUUUAUAAUGACUAGUUUGCAGUUUAUAACUGAUCGUAGCUCACUAAUUACGGAAAUGAUAAAACAGAAUGUGUGUCAAGUUAAAUGUCCAGAGUAUUGUUGUACAAACGUUAUCGUGGCAAAAGCACAAGGGAAUCUGCAUAACACAUUUAAUGAUAAUGAAAACGAUGUCAAAUUGACUUGCGACACAAAAAAUGAUUGUAAUAAAUAUGUUUAUCUUUUAAAUCCUACUGAUAAAUGUGUCACGACUGUACACGCUGAAAAGAGAGUGCAAUGUUUAGAUAAAUCCGAUGACAAAUGCAUUGUUUCAACUACAUUUACUGAAGAUCAAAUUGCAGACCCACCAGCGUAUAACCAACAUGUUAAUUUUGGUAAUUUUAUAAAAAUAAAUAAUUACGAUAGUAAAUAUUCUGAAACUAUGAUAAAGGAACAACAAAAAGAAAGUGCUUGCGAUUCUUUUAUAUUAAACGAUCGAUUACAUUUCUCUAAUGUAGAAGUGGAUUGCAAUAUGAAAAAAUUUUUCCCCAAAAAAGAAGAAACUGACGAGAUGACAAACAAUUGUAUAGACUUGGAACACAAUUUCGUAAAUGAUAUCCAAAAUGAAACUCUUUUGGAAGAUGUCUUCUGGCAACCUUCUGAACAGCCCGAAAUUAAUUUAACCGGUGUACUAAAUAAUUCUAAGGACACAUGUAUUGUCUCAACUACAUUUAUCGAAGACGAAAUUAUGGAGUCUUCAAUGGACAGCCAGCAUGUCAAUUCUGAUAAUAGAAAAAAAUGCAUUUAUGAAGAUACGAUGAAGAAACGAGACAAAAGCGAUUGCGAUAUUUUGAUGUCCUCUGAACAUACAUUUGAUACCGACUUUUUCGAAGUAGAUUCAAAAGAAAUAAUUAGUGAAGUAAUGAAAAAUAAUUGUAUAAAUGACUUUGAAGAUAUCAGUGUCUCACAUUUUCAAACUUUGGAAGAUUUAUUAUCGAAUGACACUACUAAUUUCCUACCUCAGGAAUAUCUGUCUUAAUUAAAAAAUAUAUAUACAUACAGAU